AUGUUUUUGACAUUUGCUAUGUUUGAUGUCUUUGUGCCUAUUAUGGGUUGAGCUGGGACACAAACACCCCCAGAUGUCUUUAUAAGUGUCCUGUGUGCCUUUGGUGUUGUGCUGUUGACUUCUUAUAUGGUUAGCACUGAGUAUGUUCUGGGAAACCUCAAGCUUCCAGCCAUAUUUCUUCUGUUUGUUACCACUGUAGGAAUGGUUAUAUCGCUCUCAGGACUGUCAUUUCCUUACUCAGCCAUCAAUCAGUGCACUAAAAGGGUGUUCUUUCAGCACACAUCAAGAACAUUUUACAAUAGUGCUGGUGAAGUGGUUCAACAAGAUGCAGGUGCCUGGAUCACUCCACUGGACUAUCUUGGCAUACAGCCAUUCAGUGAUAUACCCAUGUUUAAGAAGGCUUUGCCUGCACCUCAGAACGGAGUUUAUGGAGGUUUUCCUUAUUACCUGCCGUUGAAGCAUCUCAUGCGUUAUGUGGUACUUGCUCAUUCAAUGUUCAUCUAUUGGUUUCUGGUUAUUCAUUGCAUGGCCAAUUCGCUGGAAUUUCAUCAAAUAAAUGUAUGGAAUAGAAUACAAGCUGUCAGGCUUUGCUAA